AUGGAUGCUUCCCAGUCCGCACAGAAAAGUGACGCUGCCACUCCGUCGCAGCCGGUUUUCAACCCCAGUCGGCGCAGGGAAAAGCCUCAGCUGUCGUGUAAUCCGUGCAGGCGUCGAAAAUCACGGUGCGAUCGCAAGAGGCCAUGCUCUUUAUGUUCUAUACGCGGUCAAACAUGUACAUAUUCAGAGAAUAGUUCAACUGUCGCCGCCCCAUCAAGGACAGCUCCGACAGCGCCAUCAAACACACAUGAUCGUUUAGUCCAACUGGAACGACUUGUCAUGUCUGUCAUGUCGAACUCGGCAGCGGUUGCUAACAUGCAUACCAACACCAAUGUACGACAAUUGGUGCCAACUCCGACAGAUACGAUGCCGGAGGAUACUCCGAUAGAUGAGCGUUCAGAGUGUGGAAGUAUGAAAAUCAGUGCGUCAGAGCUCCGCUACAUUGGAGGGGACCACUGGGUUGCCAUUUUAGAAGGCAUAGCCGAUCUCAAAGACCAUGUGGAUCGAGAAGAACAAUUGCGGCUAGCAGAGAGUCCAGGUCAGAUCGCGGAUGAUCCCGAGGAUAAUAAUGGUGACUCAAAUGCCCCGGGCCGAGAUGGUGCGUUUCUCUUGUAUGGAUGCCGCCCAACAUCUCGAGAAGAUAUUCUGUCUGCGCUCCCUCCAAGAUACGCAGUCGAUCGUUAUAUAUCGCGCUACUUCAACUAUCUGGAUCUCGUCUCAGCCGGUAAGUCCUUUCGACGUUGUCUAUCUGUUGUCUAUUAA